GAGGGCAGCAAAAACACUGAGGACUGACGUGUCAGAAGGGAGCAAUAAACAUUAUGAAGAAGAAGAACACUUCCGCACUGUUACAGCUUAACCUAAGUUGCAUCUCGACCAGGUUUUCUGUCAAAAAUGGCUAAAUCGAAAGACAAAAGACGAGAGAAAAUCAGUGUUGCCACUGAGCAGAUUGACCGUGUGGAGGAGCGGCGGACACGGUGCCAAGACAACCUGGAGAGGGCGGAAUUCAGGAGGAGGAAGGGAAAGCUCUCUGAGAAGGAGAGACAGGAACUAGAAGAUGAAGUGGCAAUCAUGAAUGAAAGGAUACAAAAGUUUGACAAGGAGCUGGAGACCUUAAGAGGAGAGAAUCGGCGGAACAUGCUGUUAUCAGUCGCUCUGCUUACUAUCAGCGCUGUAUUCUACUACUUGUUCUUCUACAAUGAAGAGGAUUCCUGAUACCAUACAGCAUCUUAAAAAGGACCGACUGCUGUUAAAGGAGCAACAUAGCUGAGGACAGUGUUGCCAUGAAAUGAAAGACUAGGCCAGGACUGUGUACAGCAGCUAGAGCUGUUCUGAUGAAAUAUUUCAGGUCUGCCUCCAGGUGGCAGUAUUCUCAUUUUCUUAAUUUCAUCUGAUCCUCAAACUGGUUUUAUCUUGCAGUCUAGAACCCCACAACAGACCGGUCAACUGUAAAAUUAGUCUUUUAACCAUGUUUGAACACUUAAUAGUAGCCUGUACUUCCAUCUUUAUUGAUUUUUCUGUCAGUAUAUUUAAAUAGAUCACAGUUCUCUCACUUUUUUUCAUGACACUGCUGAUCCCAUUACACAUCUUUUAACAUGGACUUAAAGGUGCCAAACAUGUCCACAAAUGUAUUUGUUUUAAUACAAUAAAGUAAAAUGAAGAUACCA